AUGGACAGGUACCGCCCGCACCCCGACGAUGGCCACGGUGCCCCGGCGUUCACCAUCCGCCCGACCGGUGCCAGCGGUGCGGCCCGUGCCGGCGGCGGCGGCGGUGGCGGCGCAAAGGCUGGCGCUGAGGGUGGAGGGAGAGGCUGGGGGGACGCUACCCGCGAUCAGCGAGGAUGGGGCAGGGAGGAACGCGAUGGCUACUAUCGCCCGGCCCGCGAUGAUGGCCACGGCGUCGGUACGGCACGCGGUGCCGGCGGUGCCGGCGGUGCCGGCGGCACAAGGGCGGGCGCGAAGGGUGGAGGGGGAGGCGGGGGAAACGCUCCCCGCGAUUGGCCAGGACGGGACCGGGGCGAAACCUUUAAGCACCACGGCCCACAACCCGGUGAUGCCGUCGGUGCGUCACGCCGUGGCAGUGGCAGCGGCGGCGGUGGCGGCGGCGGCGGCGGUAGUGACGGCAGUCACUCUCGCCGGGGCCAAGGUCUCGGCGAGGGCGGCGGUGGUGGUGGUGGUGAUGGUGGUGGCGGAGGCCACAUAUCCCCGUUGCGAGGUGGCAGGGCACGAGUUCCCACCCACGCUGUUCCGAGCAAACGCGGUGGCGGGUACAGCAGUUCCUGGGCGGGGCCGACGUUGCACGGACCGGGAAUAGCACACGGCGACAGGGGUCACUUCCAGUUGGCGCAAGGUGGAAGCCAGGGCCUUGGGGGAGGGACGGCAAACAGGGGAGGGCCGGACAUGGGGGUGGAUGCGGCGGGGCCCAUGGAGCGGGCGGGGCGGACGGGUUGCCCAGCAAGGGGCUUCGGGGCGGAGGGUGCGGCGGCGACACCCAACACCACGGAAACCCCUGGAGGAUGGCCGCACGGCUUGGAGGAGGUUGCGGGCCUCGACGACGUGGAGAGGCUCCAACUUGGGCGGGAGCAGUUCCAACGUGAGAUAAUACAGAAGAUACGGGAGUGGGAGGCGGAAGCACCAGCGCGGGAGCAGGCGGCGCGGAAGGCUCGCGCGGCGGUACGCCUGCAGGCGGUGAUGAGGGGCCGGGUGGGAAGGGAGUUCGCGCGCGGAGAACGCAGCCGACUGACGUCUAUGGCUGUCCUGGCGCAGGCCGUGUACCGGGGACGGGCUGCCCGCCGAGAGGCAGAUGCGCUGCGGGCGGCGAUUCUGGCGGGGGCGAGGGCGAAGAUCACCGUGCCUCUUCAGCGGGCAUUCCGGGCUCGGCGGCGGAGCAGGGCGGAGGCAGCAGCAGCAGCAGCGGGGGAGCAGGCGGCGCGGGAGGCUCGCGCGGCGGUACGCCUGCAGGCGGUGAUGAGGGGUCUGGCGGGGAGGGAGUUCGCGCGCGGAGAGCGCAGCCGGCUGACGUCGAUGGCUGUCUUGGUGCAGGCCGUGUACCGGGGACGGGCUGCCCGCGGACGCGUGGCUGCGCUGCGGAUGGCGUUGGCGGCGAUGGCGAGGGCGAAGGUUGCCGUAUCUAUGCAGCGGGCAUUCCGGGCUCGACGGCGGAGGAGGGCGGAGGCAGCGGCAGCAGUAGCGCGAGAGCAGGCGAUGCGGGAGGCUCGCGCGGUGGUACGCCUGCAGGCGGUGAUGAGGGGGCGGGUGGGGAGGGAGUUCGCGCGCGGAGAGCGCAGCCGACGGACGAUGGCCGUCCUGAUGCAGGCGGCGUACCGGGGACGGGCUGCCCGUCGACACGUGGCUGCCCUGCGGGCGGAGGCAGCGGCAGCCCAGGCGGCAGCGCUGGAGGGAGCGCUGGAGGAGGAGAUGGCUCGCCAUGAGGCAGCGGAGGCCAGUGCAGCGGCGGUAGCGGCUACGGCACUGGCACGGAGGAAGGGAUGGUGGUGGUGGCAGGCGGUCAUGCUGCUGAUGACUGUGGUCGUGGCAGUCGGCACGUGGUCGGUCUUGCUGCUGCAAGGGCCGCUGAGCGUGCCGUGCGGGCGCACCUCGCUGGCGUCAGGCGAAGGGCCGAUGGCGGUCGGCGAGUGCAUCGAGUCCGAGGGGGGCUCCCGGUACCUGGGGUGGGUGCCGGGGGUCAGCUGGAAGGCCCGGCUGACAGUGACCACGGACGGCGCCGUCUACUCGGGGACCGAUGGCAAGGAGGUGCCCUUUUCCGCCGUCCUCGGCAAGGACCUGAGCGGCGACGGCGGCGACGGCGGCGGCGACGGCAAUGGGCAGGACGGGGCGCGGGGCAUGUUCUGCUCCAUGGAAAGGCUGGUCCGCAGGGCCUUGCCGAUUAUUGGCGACUUCGACCACCACGCGCGCAUGAGCGGCGAACGGCUGGUGGUUGGGCGCGGCUUUUUCUGCCGCACCCACGCAACCCCCCGCCCCCCGCCGAGGAGCGUCAUCGACGCUCUUUUCCGAGGCCGCGGCGGCGGGGUCGCCAGCUUUUCGGAGCACACCGGCGACCUGCACGUGGUCAACUCCCGUGGCAAGGUGGAGUGGUCCGCCGGUGACGACGUCAGCAUCAUCAGUGACAGCGCUGGCAGCACUGACAGCACUGGCAGCAACCGCGGCGAGGGCAAGGACCGUGGUGCGGGCAAAGAGCGAUGGUGGAGGCGGGGGUGGGGGAAGAAGGACCUGGCGGAAGAGACGAGUAGUUGGGGAUGAUGCCCAUGGGGCCGACCAUGAACGUGCUCAUUUUCGUUUGGCCCGAGAUUCCCCCUGGGCCGAACGACACACACUCUCUCUAUCUCCCUCUGUGCUGCCUCGAGCUCGUGAGUGAGUGCAUGCGCGUUCAUUUGAUUUCACGAAUUUGGAGACACGUAGAUUAUGUAAGCAUGUACUUAAUAUCGAGAGAAGCGCAUCCACCUAGCAUGCUAUUACUCAUUGGGUCUGCUUCAGUCAUAAUUCCAAGUCGUUUUCUUGCUUUUCUCUUGUUGCUUUGAUUGUGAUGGGUAAAGCUUUCUCGUGUGGGUAGGAUAGCAGGACACUUGAAGCUCGGCACGGAGGAGACGGGUUGGCUUUGAGAUUAAUUUUUUUGCCGUUGCCUGCCACUAACGAGAUGGAUUGUCUACUCCAGUAUGCGAUAGACGGAGAGAGACCCACACACACACGUUUGUUUUUUUGCUGCUUUGGUUUGACUGUCGCUGCUGCCUACCUAGGAUAUGGAUCGCUUCCUAAAGCAUGCCUUGGAUGGAGACAUACACGCACACUUCUUUUUUGUUGCACUUGGGGGUUGUAGAAAGGCAGGUGUCCGGGGUCAUUGUUUUCUGGAACGAAAGACCUGUCUAGCUGUCGUGUUUUGGUUUGGUUUGAUUGUCGUUGCUGCCUACCAAGGAUACAGGUUGCCUACUAAAGCAUGCCGUACAUGGACACACACACAUAGUUUUUUUUCUUUUUUUUUACUGUUGGCCACUCGAGGGCAAGGGCUAUUUGCGAAGACAGUCGAUAGGUGGACACACACAUGUGUUUUUUUAUCUUUUUUGUUUUUCGGUUACCGGCCGACGGCAUGGGUUCGGCCAAGACAGUCUACAGGUGGACACAUGCACACGCACGCACACGCGUUUCAUUUUGUUGCACUUGGGGGUGGGGAAAGGCGGCCGUGCUUGCGGACAUUUUUCUGGAACUAAUUAUCCCUUUUUAGGUCUGGAGGUUUGGUUUGGUUUGACUGUCGCUACUGCCGACCUAGGAUAUGGAUUGCCUACGAAAGCAUGCCGUAGAUGGAGACACACACACGCACACACAUGCUUUUUUUUUUUUACUGUUGGCCACUCGAGGGCAAGGGCUACUCGCUAAGACAGUCGACAGGUGGACACACACACGUCUUUUUUUUCUUUUUGUUUUUUGUUACCGGCCGAUGGCAUGGGUUCGGCGAAGACAAUCAGUCUAUAUCGUGACAUGUACACACACGCACACGCGUUUUAUUUUGUUGCACUUGGGGGUGGGGAAUGGCGGUGCCUGGGGACGUUUUCUUUCUGGAACUGAAGACCCCUUUAGGUCUCAUCUUGUUCGUUGCUUGGUGAUGCUCUGUCUAUUACACAAAAGGGUAAGGGGGGCUACUACUGUUUGUCGGGAACGCUUGCAGUCUUUUAUUAUUCGCUGCUUGUCUUUUUGUUUUACAUGGCUGUUUAUUUUUUUUUCCCGUUCUUUUUUUAGUUCGUUGUCUCACCCGAAGGGAGGAGAAUGAUCGCGAUCAAAUGCUGUGGUUAUGUCAUGUUGUUGUCUGCGGAUACAAUGGGGCCCGGGUCGGGAGUGUUGUUCGGUCGGGGAGACUAUUUUUAUUGCGAGCUGACUUGGUCAGGAGUGGAGCGCCCUUUUAGCCGCUUCGUGCCAUGUCGAACGUUUUUAUUGUGGAGAAGGGGAUUCUGUUUUUCCGCGCUUUGUGAUCAAGUACAUACCCCUCUGCAUGUGUUGUAGGGUAUGCUGCUGCUGCCAGCGGAAAUUAUCUGCAGCCCCUGCUGCAUAACACUGCGUUCGCACUUUUGUUCCGUCUUUUUUUGUUUCACUUCGCUUUGCAUGUCUGUGUCUGAUCUGCUGCGGCUACCGGGAUUGAUCCCGGUAAAGCAGUGGAGGAAAAAACUUGACUGCUGUUGUUGGUGCUUGCAAGAAGCUGAUGGGAAUGUUUGAUUUCGUUUGUAGCCCUUGCUACUACAUAGCGUUGCGUUCGCGCUUUUGUUCCGUCCUUUUUUUUUGUACUUGGCUUUGCACAGUUUGCAUAUGUCGUCGAACGACAAAGUCAUCUGGUGUAUUACCGAUGUGUCUGUCUUCAGCUCGGGAGACCCGACAGCGGUAUUAUUAUUGCGAGUUGAGGGGGACGGUGUUGGAGCGCUCUUGUGGCCGCUGUAUCGACUGAUAUUCGGGUGGGGAUACCCCUUUUGUUUUGUAGCUUCUUUGGAAGUACCUCUGCAUGUCUGUGUCUGAUCUGCUACGGCUACCGGGACUGAUCCCGGUGAAGCAGUGGAGGAAAAAAGAUGACUGCUGUUGGUUCUUGCAAGAAGCUGAUGGGAAUGAGUGCUUGAUUGCCAAAGCAUUUUGUUCUAUCCCCCCACCCCUCCCCCCCCCUGGUGUUUGCCAUCGGGGUUGGGUUUUCGUCGCUUGGCAACGACGUUGUAAAACAAGCCGCCCCCCCCGGUGUUUGCCAUCGGGGUUGGGUUUUCGUCGCUUGGCAACGACGUUGUAAAACAAGCCAAUUCACUUCGUGAACUCGGCAACCAGGUUACCGUUUUUUUUUUUUUUACCUCCGUUUUUUUUUUUGGCGGUAACCAUAAUGGUGGUCGAGUAGAUCAUGUUGUGCGGGGUGGAGAACCCUCGCUCCGCGCAAGGGGGAUGAUCGCACCACGUUGUGUUAAAAUGGUCAAGCACCCUCGAGGCAGUUACACAGUGCUUACAACUGUCUCUGGAAGUGAAAGCACCAGAAAAUAUAGUAAUUCAUACGCAGCUGUCAUCCCUAAGCAAGGAAGUAAGCACAAGAUGCCGAACACCCUUAGCAGGAUGCAACACACCCUUCAUGCGNUUUUGUUUUGUAGCUUCUUUGGAAGUACCUCUGCAUGUCUGUGUCUGAUCUGCUGCGGCUACCGGGACUGAUCCCGGUGAAGCAGUGGAGGAAAAAACUUGACUGCUGUUGGUUCUUGCAAGGAGCUGAUGGGAAUGAGUGGUUGAUUGCCAAAGCAUUUUGUUCUAUCCCCCCACCCCUCCCCCGUUGUUGUUGGACGAUGUAAAGACGGGAUGGUGACGAGCACAAGUAGCUGCAGCUACAGCUACAGCAUUUGUCCGGGCAUCCUUCCUCUUCGAACACAGGUUUCCCCGACAAACCCCGGCAUACCCUCUGACUCUGCCAUACUCUGUGCUACGUGCCCGACAAUCAAUGUAAGGAUGUUCUUGUUUUAUACGAUUGGAGCGAGAUGGAUUAUUUUGUAGAGCAGGCGCCCCCCUGCCCUCCCUUCCCCGCUUCCUUGUGCUCUGCCAAGCGUUACUCUGUUUUGGUGGAUAGAAGAUGUGGUCGUCAUGGCCGCUCUUGGCACCUAGUGGGACCCGUUGCUGGUGGCAGUGUUUUUUUUUUGUUUUGUUGUGGCUUCCACGAAAGUCCCGUGUUUGUGUGUCGCACUAGUUGCCGGUGCUACGACAGCAGUUAAUUCGUGUGGCACGUGACGUGGAGAGCUGAUUCUGCUACUUGUAUGGAGAGGGCUGCUUUUUGCGGUGGCGGUGCUAGUUGCGCUUGUCCGUGGCGACACAGAUAGAUGAGUCGAUCCAUGAGCACUCCUUCAAGUGCCGGUGGUGUGAGUCGACAGAGGUUUUUGUUUAACGCAACUCGGAGGGCGAGUGCAUCAUUUACAGGACGUAGGAAACAUGUGUGUGUGUUGUGUGUGUGUUAUUGUUUACUAGCAGCAUCGACCACGCUACCCGACUGACCGUUGAAAGACUCAAGUCUCCGUGCGGCUAAAUCCGGGAAAUGCUUCUCCAAAUGCCUUGAUCUGGGGCCUCGUAAGGGGGGGUCACGGGGGGGGGGCUAGGCUAUUCUCCGGAGAGUGUGUGUGCCUCUCUCUCUCUCUCUCUCUCUCCUAUUGUCAUCGACCACGUGGGCGUGGGUGUGGAUAUCUCUCUUUGCUUCAACGUUUCCGGCAGGUCAGGUGUCAAAUGUUUUUUUUGGCACAUCGUGCGUGUGUUGUGUCCAUUUCAACGACUAGAUUUGGUUCCUUCGAUGGUUGGCUGUUUGCUACCUAUUUUCUGAUACACACGCUUCCCAAUUGACCAUUGAUAGACGCCAGUUUCAGCGCGGUGUAAUCCGGGCAAUCUUCUAGAUGCCAUGAUCUGGGGCCUCGUGAUGCGGGGUCACGCGGGGAGGCUAGGUUAUUCUCCGGAGUGUGUGUGCGUGUGUAUCUCUCUCUCUUAUUUGACCUCGACCACGGUGUGUGUGUGGGUGGAUGUAUGGAUAUCUAUCUUUGCUUCAAUGUUUAUGGCAGCUCAGGUGUACCUGUUGUUUUGGCAAGCAAUGUGUGUGUUGUGUCUAUUUCGACGACUAAUAAAAUAGAGUUGAUUCCCUCGAUGGUUGACUACGCGUUACCUAUUUUCCGAAACACCAAUCCUUCUAUGUUUCGAUACUGCAGGCGGUUGUUGUACGUCGGUAGUGCACACGAGUGUUGGGCUAUACCGGUGUCUUGAAGGUUGAAGAACAACAUCCAAAGGGCUUCGGUUUUCGUUUUGGAUUGAUUUUGCGAGACUCUGCUCUGCCUACUACACAGCAGUAUUAUCGAAAGGGGGCGAUUGGUACAUUUUCGCAAGGAAGCAACUACUGCAGCGGUGUUUCGCCCUUGGUGCGCUAUUCAUAGAGCGCGUUUGCCUGCCGCGGGGGGGCGCGAUACGUUUGUUUUUGG